GCAGACAGCUGCACAUCUGGAAGACGUGUCUGGACGCCACACGCAGCAGGAUCAUCUUGUACUACACGACGUGCAUAUCGCCUGUGUAAGUAUGCGCUGUACGACCCCGCAUCAAGCGUUUAGAGUCUUAAUCAUCAUAUAUCAUGGCGAGUUCAAUAGGUGUUACAGAGUUGACCAAACGUACCAACAAUGGGCGAGCCACCAACUACAUGUUCCUUUGAGGAACUCGUCCAAUCAAAAUUGUUCACAUUCUAUGUCGGGACAGAAAAGAGGGCAUUUGUGGUUCAUUCUAAGGCCAUCGCCGCAACCUCAUGGUAUUUUCAUGCGCUCGUUAAUAAUGGCAUGGCGCAGUCGCAAGAGGGAUCCGUUGAGUACCCCGAUAUGGACCCAGGUGAUUUUGCUCGAUACGUUGAAUAUGCGUAUCGCUACGACUAUACUGUGCCACUCCCGGGCAUAGAUAGAGCCGCGCGGAGCAAUGUUAUAAAUGGCAACGCGCACAGUUGCGAAGAUGCGCCGUCACCAGCAGAACCAGAAUCAGAACCACCAUUGGAAGAAGAGCCAGCACCAGUACCAGAACCAGUACCAGAACCAGAACCAGAACCGGUACAAGAAUUAGAAACAGAAGACUGGGGGGUGCCCAGCUGGGCAAAGAGAAAACCCGCUAAGAGGAAACCCGCUAAGAGGACUGAUGCUUUACGCAAGAGAUUCGACGAGCGUAGUUAUCUCACACCACUCGAGCCCAAAACAGCAAUGCUCAUUGACCAAAUGCCCAAAUCGAACAUCACGUUUGAACAAGACUUCACUCGUAUCUUUCUAGCGCACGCACGUCUCUACACCUUCGCUUGUAUGCGCCUCGUCGAUCCACUAAAGCGUCUGACCCUGCAAAAACUCCAUCAAACCCUUCGUGGUUUCAAACUUUAUAAGCAACGAGUGGGCGAUGUGGUCGAGUUGGCUAGAUAUGCGUAUGACCAUGGAGAGAACAGGAAAUCCGACGGAACUAUUGACGAGCUCAGGAAACUAGUAGUUGAGUACAUAGCUUGUGAGGUGUCGACUAUUGGGAAGCACGAAGCAUUUAUGCUGCUAUUGCAAGAGGGUGGGGAAUUUGUAGCUGACUUUUGGCGUAUUAUCGCUGAUGUCAAUCUGGGCUUGUGACAGACAACGUUCUUAGUUGGUUGAUUUCUUUUUUGUAAUCUAGCAUUGUCUUAUCAGCGCUGUUUGGCUCUUGUUGUUCCGUCGACAACGACCCACCCAUUCUUGCUC